AUGAAAAAUUUGGAGCAGCAGUUCUCGGAGAAUCUAUUAGUCACUUCAAGACAUGAAACACAAUCGUUGAGCUCGGUAAGAGAAUACUACUCAGACUCGAUCCCCGUUGAUCUACUCAUCGAUAUAUUCUCACGACUCCCUAGAAAGUCUAUAGAUAGGUUUCGUUGCGUAUCAAAAUUAUGGAAAUACAUACUUCGUCGUCCUGACUUCACUGAGUUGUUUCUGACUAAGUCUUCCACUCGUCCACGCCUCCUUUUCACCUUAAAAGUUGAUGGCAAGUUAUUAUUCUACUCUUUGCCUCAACCUCAAAAUCCAAACAAGAACUCUACUCUUGUGGCCACGCGUUAUCAUACGUCUUUUCCCGAAUAUAUUCCAUCUGGUAACUGUACUCCAGUAUGUGGAUUGGUCCUUCUUGAGGGAGGUUAUGUGCUUCUAAAAGACAAAACUUUACCCCAAGUGAAAGCUAAGAGUAAUUACCCCAACACUGCAGAACCGAGAGCUACGAUUGGAGGUGUCUAUCUUGGGUAUGACCCGAUCAGCAGACAGUUCAAAGUGUUGUGUAUGACUACAUCAGUUGAUGAAAGACCCAAUACUCAUCAGGUUUUGACAUUGGAGUCUGGAAAACGUUUAUGGAGAAGGAUCGAGCGCAAAAUCCCUUUUGUAGAGACUGAUAGAACGGAUGGUGAUAUAUGCAUAAAUGGUGUUUUGUAUUUCGGAUCUGAGACGAGAACAUCUUUUGUGGUAGUUUGCUUCGACGUUAGGACGGAGAAGCUCGGCUCUAUUAACAUAGAUAAAGAUAUGUUAGGAAAUAAAAAGGGUUAUGUUUGUGGUGAAUUGGCUUUGUUCAACUACAAAGGUAAAUUAGGUAUACGUAAAAAAAUAGAAGGUUGGCAUUGGAAUAGAUACAGAGAUCCACUUGUGUUGUGGGUACUAGAAGAUGCUGGAAAUCAUAAAUGGUCCAAACAUACCUACGAAUUGCCUAGUUUAAUUAGAGGGAAGUGGUUUGUUGGGAUGGCUGCUACAGGUGAAAUCGUGUUGUCCUCGUACAAGAACGACGACCGAUCAAACCUUUUCUGCGUUUACUUCUACAAUAUCGUGAGGAAAGACUUUACAACCGUCAGCAUUCAAGGAUUUGAAGAGUUUAAACAUGUUUGGAUUGACAUUUUUUUAGACUACGUGGAGAAUCUCAAGUUUAUGUAA